AUGCCUUCCAUAUUGUCAGACGACGAUAAAGAGACGGUCAAACGCAUGGUGCCAAAGGCCUCGAACAAAAUACAAGCAGUAGCAGUCGCCCGUCUAUAUAUCGCUUAUCCCGAUCGUCAUAAAUGGACAUAUACUGGUCUACAAGGAGCUGCAGUUCUUGCGAAUGAUCUUGUCGGAAAUACCUACUGGAUAAAACUGGUCGAUAUCUCGCCUACGAACAAAGGCGUCAUAUGGGACCAAGAGAUAUAUGAUACUUGGUCAUAUAACCAAGAUCGAACAUUCUUCCAUACUUUCGAAACAGAAGAAUGUCUAGCUGGAUUGUCCUUCGUAGACGAGAAGGAAGCCAAGACCUUCAUGAAAAAGAUGAAUGAUCGAGAAAAGAAUGCUAGUAAAGCUACAAAGGCCAAUCCUUUCGGAGGCGCUGCGCCGGUUCAUAAACACAGUCUCCUUGGGGGAUUUUUCGGUGGACACAGACAUUCUUCUGCCCCAUCAAUACAGCCUACUCCCCCCGAUUCGCCUAGUUACGUACUCCCAUCUUCACAGCCGGCGCAUGCAACGCAGAACCACAGGCACUCGGGCGGAAGCUUCAGGACAGGGCCGGCCGAAUACGCAGCUUUGGAAGCGAUCGAUCCUCAUUGGCGAGAAACAUGGGGCGAGGAUUUGAGAGAAAUGGGUAUUACAGACGAUAUAAUCAGGGACAAUCAGGAUUUCAUUGCAGACUAUAUUCGAGAAAAGCAAGCUCAACAAGUUAUAACACCUACGCCUAGUGGUAUCGAAAAUCAAAGAAAUAAAGCCCCUCCUCCACCUCCGCCUCCAGCAGCACCUCGAACACGUUCCGAUAGUCCUCAGAGUUCUGCUGUCGGUCAUGGACGAGGUGCACCACCUCCACCUCCUGCACCACGGCGAUCCAAAGCAGAUAUUGCUCGAGAGCCAACACCGCCAAGAGAGCCUUCACCACCCAGGGGUCCUCCUCCGCCCAGGUUUGCAGCUCCACCGCCAAUCGCAGAUGCUGGAAAAUUUGCGCAUACCAAUGAUAGAGCACCUUCUCGAGCACAUGCUGCUUCUAAUCCAGGGCCACCCCCACCACCUAGGCCUGCGAAAACGCCCAUCGAAGAUUACGAACCAGGGGAAUCAGGUUCAAGAUUUGGAGUUCCUCCCCCUUUCACGGGGACAAGAAUUACGGCACCACCUCCUACUCCACAACGAGGUCCUGUUCCGCCCCCGCCUCCUAGAGAUAUCCAUCAAUCACACAGUAGCCAUGCUAUACCGCCUGCACACAUUCCUCCUCCGCCUUUACCGCCCAAAACUCCAGCAUCUCCAGGUGCUCCCCCCUUGCCUCCUGCUUCGAUGCGUCCUGUGCCUUUACCUCCGAGAGAUACUGCACCACCUCCACCUCCUUUGCCUCAAAUGAGCGCCCCACCUCCACCUCCUUUACCGCAAUCCGCUGCUCCACCUAUUCCAUCAUCUGCUGCUCCUCCACCUCCCCCACCGCCUGGACCACCCCCAGCAUUUGGAGGACCACCUCCCCCUCCCCCUCCACCUAUGCCAUCAUUUGGCGGUCCUCCACCACCUCCACCACCUCCAGGAAAUGGACCUCCAGCUCCCCCACCUCCACCUCCACCUCCAAAUCGCGAUUCUGGCCAUGCUUCGAGUGCUCCACCGCCACCUAAGCCUACUGGUGAUCGUGCUGACCUAAUGGCAAACAUUCAAAAGGCCGGUGGUAUUGGAGCUCUCAAGAAAGUUGAUCGAUCGCAAAUUAGAGACAGAAGUGCUGCUGCCGUUCCCGGUGCAGACACUGGUCCUGCGGGUAGUGGACUUCCUCCAGCUGGUGCAUCUUCAGGAGGCGGAGGUGGAUUGGCGGAUGCUUUGGCAGCUGCUUUGAAUAAGAGAAAGCAGAAAGUUAGUGCUAGUGAUGACGAAGCGGAAGAUGAUGAUUGGUAA